AUGCAAAGAUCCCUCACUAGAUUGGCCAUUAGAGCCCCAGCCAUUAGAAUCAACCCAGUCAUGGCCAGUAGACCAUUGAUGCUCCGCCAACCUACCAAGAUGGUUGCCGGGUUGCGCUACUACUCUGCCGAUGCCAAAGAAUCUCCAAAAGAAGAAACAGAACCAAAAGAAGAAACAGAACCAAAAGAAGAAAAGUCCGGGGAAGAAGGGGCUAAAAGUGAACUCGAACUCUUACAAGAAAAGUUUAAUAAGAAGGACAAAGAAUACGCUGAGUUGAAGAACCAUUAUUUGCGCUCGGUGGCGGAUUUCCGUAACUUGCAAGAAACCACUAAACGUGAAAUCCAAAAGUCUAGAGACUUUGCCCUUCAAAGAUUCGCCCGUGAUUUGCUCGAGUCGAUUGAUAACUUUGACCACGCCCUUCGUGCGGUGUCGGAAGAUGCGGUGGCCAAUAACCAAGAAAUCAAGAACUUGUACGAUGGGGUCAAGAUGACCCAGAGUGUUUUCGAAAAGACUUUGAACAAGCACGGGAUCCAAAAGAUCGAUCCAUUGGGAGAAAAAUUCGAUCCUAAUGUCCACGAAGCUACUUUUGAAGUUCCUCAACCAGACAAGGAACCAGGUACCGUGUUCCACGUCCAACAACCAGGGUACUCAUUGAACGACAGAGUGUUGAGAGCCGCUAAGGUUGGUAUUGUCAAGGGUACUGAUUAA